GAGUAGACAAGAAAAAGGGGAAAGGAAAAGAAAGAAAAAGGUUUCACCGGUAAGGUGGUUGAGUUGAGACCUCCGCCCAAUUUCGAUGAUUUCGAGAAUUUCUGUGUUCUUACAAAACCUUCCAUAAACACACAACGCCCACUCACCACUCUCUCUCGAGCUCUAGAUUCAAUGGCUCAUCUCCUCAGCUCCUCUUUCGUCGCCGCCGCCUCCCCCACCCUCCGCCGCCGGGCUUUUCUCCGACCCACAUUGCACCCCUCCGGCUGCUGGACCAGGCGCUCUCUCCAAGCCCAGGCUAAGAUCCGCGAGAUCUUCAUGCCGGCCCUCAGCUCCACCAUGACCGAGGGCAAAAUCGUGUCCUGGAUCAAGACGGAGGGCGACAAGCUGGCCAAGGGCGAGAGCGUUGUCGUCGUCGAGUCCGACAAGGCCGAUAUGGACGUUGAGACGUUCUAUGAUGGCUAUCUUGCCGCAAUUAUGGUCGAUGAGGGAGGUGUUGCGCCGGUUGGAUCGGCAAUCGCGCUUUUGGCUGAGACUGAGGACGAAAUUUCUGAGGCCAAGUCGAGAGCGGCGAACCCUUCGGCGGGUUCGGGUUCUCCUGCUUCGAGACCUCCGCCGGAGAAGAUUGCUGAGAGUGUAGCUGCUGUGGCGCCGGUUGCGGUGGCAAAGGCGGCUCCGGUGGUAGUGGCUUCCUCCCACCCUGCAUCUGAAGGGGGGAAGAGGAUUGUGGCGUCUCCAUAUGCGAAGAAGCUGGCGAAGGAGUUGAAUGUGGAGCUGGCCACAGUGGUGGGGACUGGGCCAUUGGGGAGAAGUGUGGCCAAGGAUGUCGAAGCCGCGGCGUCUGCAGCAGCUUCUGCGGUUUCGGUUCCGGAUUCUGCUGCCAGGCCGGUUUCGGCUCCAUCGUCAUCGGUGGAGUUGGGAACCACCGUGCCAUUCACCACAAUGCAAGGUGCAGUGAGUAGGAACAUGGUUGAGAGUCUCGCGGUGCCCACUUUCAGAGUGGGUUAUACCAUCACUACAGAUGCGCUUGAUGCUCUCUACAAAAAGAUUAAGUCAAAGGGAGUAACCAUGACAGCAUUGCUUGCAAAGGCUACAGCUCUAGCACUGGCUAAACAUCCCAUUGUAAAUUCAAGCUGUAGGGAUGGUAAGAGCUUCACUUAUAACAGUAGCAUCAAUAUUGCAGUUGCCGUUGCCAUUGAUGGUGGCUUGAUUACACCAGUGCUUCAAGACGCAGAUAAGGUGGACAUUUACUCUUUGUCUAGAAAGUGGAAGGAGUUAGUUGACAAGGCCAGAGCCAAGCAGCUGCAACCUCAAGAAUACAACACUGGCACGUUCACUCUCUCUAACCUUGGGAUGUUUGGCGUGGAUCGUUUUGAUGCAAUACUGCCACCCGGAACUGGAGCAAUCAUGGCAGUAGGAGCAUCUAUCCCCACGGUUGUGGGAACUAAGGACGGUCGGAUCGGCAAGAAAAACCAAAUGCAGGUAAACGUAACAGCGGAUCAUCGAGUAAUCUAUGGUGCAGAUCUUGCUACUUUCUUGCAAACCUUGGCGAAAAUCAUUGAGGACCCUAAAGACCUAACACUAUAGUUUUUACAUGCAUUUUAUUAACCCCCAGAUUUUUUCUUCUUUAGCUUUCUUCUCACGAUCUGAAGUUUGUUUUCACACACGAGUCAAAAUGUGAUGUCCAUGAAAGUGGUAGAAAUUAAGAAGCUAUUUUCUCAAUCUUUUCCCACGUUCUGUGAAGAACACGAGCAGAAUUUUGGAGGAUGAACAUUAUUUAUGUUUCAAAACUCUUUUUUUUCCUUUUUUUUUUUGAAAUUGUGUUGUUUCAAAACUUGUAUUCUUAUGGAAUCCAUAAACUUUUUUUGGUCA